ACAGACAGAUGACAGAGCCAAACGAUAAAAGCAAAAACACAAAAACGGUUCACAUCGAUGAGUGAUCCACACAGGGGCUUAAGGGGCCACUCCAAACUGCGGCUGUAUCUGUGGAUCUAUGGAACGGCCCUAGUGUUUAUUUUCAUCAGCAUCCUGCUAAUCAUAUCCUUUGGCUUCAUCAACAACGAGCCCGAUAAGAGCUGUUGCCCGGCUGCCUUCUCCUUCUUCAGCCUCGGCCUACUCUCCUUGUUUUUCUAUAUGAACAUGAUGUUUCUGCGGCGCAAGUUUCCGAUCAACUGGAUAAUGAGCUGCAGCAUGGCUGUUGUCUUCGGUUUGGGCACUGCCUCUAUGCUGUGCAUGCAGACGGCCGGCCAUGUGAUUCUCUUGGCCCUGGAAGUAAUCGUGAUGAUGGGCCUCCUUCUACUGCUCGGCUACUGGCUGCCACCGAAGUGUCACCCGCUGCUCUACAUUGCCCUCACUUCGUUCAUUUUAGCGGUUAUAGCCUUUUUCCUGUGCAAAAUCAUAUCGGACCACACCGACGAGAACCACGAUAAAGUGGCUGUGUGGAUAGCUCGCUUCGUUCUCUGGACAGCCAUCUGCCCACUGCUGCUUUUCCAGUCGCAGGUGAUCAACGGAUACUGGGGCAAUGAGUCACCCUAUCUGGACAUACCGCUCUGCUCGAUCCUUCUGCUCAUCGACUUUCUGGCCUGUUAUGCCUUCCUGGAUGCUGUCGACGAUAUCGAGAUUGCCUACGACAGACUGUUUCGCUCAGAGACCGUAGGACUCAUGGCCCGUGUCGGGAGGAGCGGAAUAUGAGCCGCGGGCAACCCAGCCGGAAGAGCAUUUUUAUAAUCGGAAUGUUCUUCUAAGACUAAAUUACUAAAAUGUACUCGACAUUGCAUAGUAUUCGUACUAUUAUGAAUGCCGAAAUAUAUAGUAAUCGUAUGUAUUAAUGGAAACGAUUGAGGAGUAAUUGCUUGGGUGCAAAU